AUGACGCCGGCAGGUUUUAUCCUGGUGCUCGUCCUCCUGGGUGUCACUCCCUCAGCAGCCGCAGAAUUCAGUUCAAUAGCUGAAACUGAAGACGCCCUCCUCAGACAUUUAUUCCAAGGUUAUCAGAAGUGGGUUCGCCCUGUAUUGAAUUCUAAUGACACCAUAAAAGUACACUUUGGAUUGAAAAUAUCUCAACUUGUAGAUGUGGAUGAAAAGAACCAACUGAUGACAACAAAUGUGUGGCUCAAACAGGAAUGGACAGACCACAAAUUACGCUGGAAUCCUGAUGAAUACGGUGGAAUUCAUUCCAUUAAAGUCCCAUCAGAAUCUCUCUGGCUCCCUGACAUAGUUCUCUUUGAAAAUGCCGAUGGACGUUUCGAAGGCUCCCUCAUGACCAAAGCCCUCGUGAAAUCGAAUGGAACCGUCACCUGGACCCCUCCUGCCAGUUAUAAAAGCUCGUGCACCAUGGACGUCACGUUCUUCCCAUUUGACCGGCAGAACUGCUCCAUGAAGUUUGGGUCGUGGACUUACGACGGUACCAUGGUCGACCUCGUUUUGAUCAAUGAACAUGUCGACAGAAAAGACUUCUUCGACAAUGGAGAAUGGGAAAUACUAAAUGCCAAAGGGACGAAGGGGCACAGAAGAGACGGUUUGUACUCCUACCCGUUCAUCACCUAUUCCUUCGUCCUGCGUCGCCUGCCUCUGUUCUACACCCUCUUCUUGAUCAUCCCCUGCCUGGGACUCUCUUUUCUGACGGUUCUGGUGUUCUAUUUGCCUUCUGAUGAAGGAGAAAAGCUUUCCUUGUCAACCUCUGUCCUGGUUUCCCUGACAGUUUUUCUUUUAGUGAUUGAGGAAAUAAUCCCUUCCUCCUCCAAGGUCAUUCCUCUCAUUGGAGAGUACCUGUUGUUCAUUAUGAUUUUCGUUACCCUGUCGAUUAUCGUCACUGUGUUUGUCAUUAAUGUUCACCACAGAUCUUCUUCCACUUACCAUCCCAUGGCCCCCUGGGUUAAGAGGCUUUUUCUGCAAAAACUUCCUAAAUUACUUUGCAUGAAGAACCACGUGGAUCGCUACUCUUCCCCAGAGAAAGAAGAGAGUAAACGGGGGGUGCGAGGUAAAGUCCUAGAAAGAAAGAAACAGAAGCAGGUUAGCGAUGGAGAAAAAGUUCUGGUGGCCUUCUUGGAAAUGGCUGCUGAUUCCAUUCGCUACAUCUCCAGGCACGUGAAGAAAGAGCAUUGUAUCAGCCAGGUAGUACAAGACUGGAAAUUCGUAGCGCAAGUUCUGGACCGCAUCUUCCUGUGGCUCUUUCUGAUAGUGUCAGUGAUGGGCUCCGUCCUGAUUUUUACCCCCUCUUUGAAGAUGUGGCUCCAUAGUUACCACGAGGAGCAAGUCUCCAGAGCGAUCUAA